AUGGACAAUGCGUUCAAUCCAGGCGACCCCGCCCUCGAAAUCGCUGGUGUUGUGUCUGGAAAGCAUCAGUACCGCCACGAGGAACAUUGGGUGGUCCGUGAUGAGCAGCUUCGAAUCGAUGACAUCGUAUCAGGCCGGCGCCGAGGUCAUUACUAUCUACUCAUUGGCGAGAAGGGCACUGGAAAGACUUCCAUGCUGCUCGAAGCCAUGCGGAAGAUCAACGGCGAUGGCUGUGCUAUGUUUGAAGCGCAUGCCGACCUCGAAAUUUUCCGAAUCCGACUAGGCAAGGCCCUAGACUAUGAGUUCCAUGAAGACUAUAUUGGAAGUCUUUUCAGCAUUCGUGGCCCCCGCGAUACCACAGCCCUGCUGGAUAUCGAGCGGGCCUUCAACAAGCUGGAGAAGGUUGCUCUGACCAGAAGAAAGAAGGGCUCCCCGCCUCUCGUUCUCAUUGUCAACAGUGCCCAUCUGGUGCGGGAUGACCAUGAUGGACAGGACCUGCUCGAAAUGAUCCAACAGCGGGCUGAGCAAUGGGCCGCUAGCGGUCUUGUCACAACGAUCCUCAACAGUGAUGACUACUGGGUCUAUGAGCGCUUGAAGCGCUACGCAACCCGGAUGGAAGUCGUUCCUGUCACAGACCUACCAAAAGACAAGGCCAUGAGUGCUCUGAAAAAGUACCGCCAACAGUUCUACAAUGAGAACCUGCCGUCCACAGUUCUGGAGCAAGUCUACGACAAAGUUGGCGGUCGCCUUUCCUUCCUGAACCGAGUUGCCAAAUCCCCCGACGUCGUGAAGACUUGCGAUGAGAUUUGUCGCGCGGAAAAGACCUGGAUACUCAACAAAUGCUGGAUACUCGGCAUGGAGAUGGAUGACGAUGUGAUGGAUGAACAGAAGUACUCCUCUGCUGCCAUGGUCCUGGCCAAGGCACUGGUCGAUCGCGAGAAGGAAAUGGAAAAGACCUAUGAUCCAGAGAGAGGCCAUAUCCUCCCGGAGAUCCCUCUCCAUGAAGCACGCGAGAUUAUGACCCGUGCCGACUUCAUCCAAUCCUACGAUCACGAGAACAUCUUUACUAUCGACUCCCGAGCUAUGGUUCGCGCCGAUUCCGUCCCGAUGCAACUGGCAUUCCGCGAGAUCUGUGCCCUCGAGGGCUUUGACAAGCACCUGGACAGUACCCUGACGCGCAUUGGUGACAUCGAGAGUCUCGGUCGCACACGCGAGCUCACCAUCAAGGACCUCUGGGACCAGGGCAAGUACCGAAUCGUUGUUCGGGAUGUCAAGGGCAAGGAGGCUGGGACGGUGGAAUUUGCGGUGGCCGAGCGCGAGGUGACAUCAUCACGCUCUCACCGCCGAGCAAACAUUCCACUUUCCAGCCUCCUCUUUCCUCUCAUCGUCGGCAUUGAACUGCCUUACCUCCUGCAGCUGCAGCGUGCUAUUGACAGUCUAGAGCUUACCAUGGCACCAAAAAAGCGCACAUCCUCCGUGAACGACCGACCCACCACCCGGCGCGACCCCAAAGGCGCCUUGACAGCAAUGGCUCCCGCACCGCCUAGUUUGGCGCGCAUUCCCUCGCCAGCUCGAUUCGCGCUGGUCGUCCUGAGCAGCUUGAUUGCAAGCUCAAUCCUUUUUACCGCGACAGCUGAAAUCACACAGGGCGAGCUCGGUCUGGUCAGCAAACACCUGGAGGAAUGGUGGGAAGUGGGGGGACUAGUGGCGUGGAGAGCCGCGGAGGUUGGAUUGGCUUGGAUUCUCGGUUUUGACAGUAAGUGA